AUGUCUCUGAGGUUUUUACAGCUUCAUAAACAAAAGACGGAGAAAGAGAAGGCUCGAGCCACACAUGUAGAGGACGGCAAGAAUCGAAAACUUCUGGACCGAAAAGCAGGUGCCUGUCACUCAGCCUCUGACAGACACGGCGGCUGUGGGAACACUGGACAGGGCCAUCCGGGGUCUCCAUGGCCCAACACGGGGGUCUUUUAUGGGUUCAUCAGCCCAGAAUCCCCCCCUCUUGGAGCAGACUGGCACAUGAAUGGAGAGAUCAUGUCGGAGCAGGAGAUGGACCCCUGA